AUGAGUGAUAUGCCAGAACGUGAUCGACCCCGUAGGAAUAUUUUAGAUGAUCAUGAAAACAGAAUUCCGUUAGAAUUAAGGCAAGUUUUGACCCAGUUAGCUUUGCGUUAUAUUCUUGACCAGCCAGAAGACGGAAUAGAGUAUUGCUACGAAUUUUUUAUGCAAAUCUGGAAUCAAAGAAGGCAACAUGGUGAAAGUUCAAAUCAAGGAAAAAAUUAA